AUGUCAACUACUGCUCCAAGUGAUCGUUAUCCUACGUCUGCUACAGAUCGACGUGGUAGUAAUGUAAAUGCUGGUAUUGAUUCAAGUUUUACACAUGAUCCAGCACAUCGUGGUUCAUUAGCAGCAACAGAAUUAGAUUCAAUUCAUCAAACAAAUAGUUUUAAACAAGCUAUACAAAUUCAAGAAGAAGAUAAUCUUGAAUUGGCUACGAAAUUAAAACAAUUAGAACGAGCCAAAGAAUUAAAUAAAUAA